AUGGAUAGCAGGGACCCUCUUACCACCGACGAUCCCCCGCGGAAACGCUGGUUUGGUCUCAAAUACACCACGUUUCUUGUGUGUGGCAUCGCGUUGCUCUGGCCAUGGAACUGCUUCCUCAGCGCCUCCGCCUAUUACGGCGAACGUUUCAAGGCGCACGCGUUUCUAUCUGCUAACUACUCCUCCACCAUGAUGACCGUCUCGACAAUUACCUCGAUGGUGGGGAACGUAGUGCUUGCGAGGCGCCAGACGAAAGACUACGCUCUGCGCCUCGUCCGAGGCCAGGUGCUCGCCAUUAUUGUUUUUUUCGUCAUGGCGUUCACGUGUGUAGCGUUUUUGCAUGUUUCGCCCUUCUUUUUCUUCCCCUUUUUGAUGGUGAUGGUUUUUGUCUCGUCCGUGGCGACUUGUGUGGCCCAGAACGGGUGCAUGGCCUUGGUCAACGUCAUGGGCCCGCUCUAUGCGAACGCAGUGAUGGUUGGCCAGGCGGUGGCGGGUGUGUUGCCAUCGAUAGCAUUAAUCCUUUCGAUUUUGCUCGUGGAAAAGUCAAACAAGCCUGUAGCCGAAGAACCAGAGGCAAACUGGGGUUUGUUCCUCUACUUUAUCGCGUCCUGUGUGGUUUCUGGGGCAUCGAUCGUUCUAUUCAAGGUGUCCGCCACCGAUUCAGGAUAUGCGAAUGCCGAUGAGGCGAAUGUGGAGGAACAUUCCAGCUUCGAGCUUGAUUCGGAUGAAAGCCCGGGCAUUAGUAGGCUGAUCCCCCUCAUGUUCCUAUGGUAUCGAUUGAAAUACAUAGUGCUCUCGAUUCUGCUCACGUUCUGUGUGACGUUGGCAUUCCCCGUGUUUGCGUCUACCGUGGAGUCUGUGCGCGCAGACAGUGCUUGGCGGGUGUUUUCCAAGCAGAUCUUCAUUCCCAUGGCGUAUUUGGUGUGGAACAUGGGCGAUUUGGCCGGUAGAGUUGCGUGUGUGCUUCCGGUCUUUUGCGUAAAGGCACCAGCGAUGUUGAUGGCUUACUCCCUCGCGCGCUUGGCCUUUAUUCCGUUGCUUUUCAUGUGCAAUGUUAAGAAUCGUGGCGCUUGGGUCCACUCGGAUCUCUUCUACAUGGCGCUCCAGUUUCUUUUCGGUUUCUCCAACGGCCAGUUGUCGUCUCUGUGCUUUAUGAGUGUCGGAACCUACUUCCAGAAUGAUGAUGAAAAGGCCGCCGCCGGGGGCUUCAGCACGAUUUUUUUGAGUGCCGGGCUCGCCACGGGCAGCUUGCUUAGCUACGUGAUUGUGUAUUUGAUCCACUAG